CAGGCGGGCUGGGGAAGGGGCGCGGGGAGGAGGGGCAGGCGGGACGAGGAGCGGGCGCGGCUGUCUCCCGAGCCGCCUUUUCGGUUGCCUGGAACUGCCGCCUCCCUCCCGCUUUCCUUUGGCAGAUCCUCCAGCUGGUGCAAGGCCAGGGCGGACCGGAGUUGGCGGGGGGCAUCUGUUGCCCCUGUAAUGGCUUCAGAUUUGGGAAAUGACCCUAUAUUGGAUCCUCCAUCUGUACCUCGGGCACCUCUGAAAAAAGCGAACAGAAAGGGAGGUUUGCCAGAGGCCAAGAGGAAAGGACGGGCCAAGCGGUUGAACAAAGAUGCGGAGGAACUGCUUGCGAGCAUGCAGCGGUUGGAUCUCACAACAGAAUGUACAGUGCCAGUAGGAACGGGCCUGGUGUUUGAUGAACGGAUGACAGAGUUUUGCUGUCCAUGGGAUGAAAGUUUUCCAGAGUGUCCAGAGCGGCUGGUGGCCAUCCGAGACAAACUGCUGCAAUGUGGACUGCUGGAGCGCUGUGUCCCAGUGCUGGCCCGAGAAAUUUCUGAGGAAGAGAUCCUUUUGGCUCACAGUCCGGAGUACCUGGCACUGAUGAAAUCAACUGAAACAAUGAGCAAGGCUGAGCUAAAAUCCCUGUCAGACACAUUUGAUUCAGUUUAUCUACAUCCAAAUUCCUACCACUGUGCCUGCCUCGCUGCUGGAUCUGUCCUGCAAGUCGUGGAGAAAGUCUGGUCUGGGGAGCUCCGUAAUGGGCUUGCUGUGGUCAGGCCACCUGGACACCAUGCUCAGCAUGAUAAGAUGGAUGGCUACUGUAUGUUCAACAAUGUAGGCAUUGCAGCCCAAUAUGCUCGGCAGAAAUUGGGAGUUGACCGGGUGCUUAUUGUUGAUUGGGAUGUGCAUCACGGGCAAGGCACCCAGUACUUAUUUGAAGACAAUCCCAGUGUCUGUUAUUUUUCCAUCCAUCGCUAUGAAGGUGGCAACUUCUGGCCACACCUCCCUGAGUCCGACAGCCAUGCCGUGGGCAGAGGUCGGGGAGAGGGAUACAACAUCAACGUGCCCUGGGACCAGAUAGGAAUGGGGGAUGCAGACUACCUCGCUGCCUUUUUGCAUAUCCUGAUGCCUGUGGCCUUAGAGUUUCAGCCCCAGUUGGUACUGGUUGCUGCUGGCUUUGACUCUGUAAUUGGUGACCCUAAGGGAGAAAUGGCCACCACCCCUGGAUGUUUUGCUCACCUGGCACAUCUGUUGAUGCCCCUGUCUGGAGGCAAGCUGGUUCUGUCUCUUGAGGGUGGGUACAAUCUCCAGUCCUUGGCAGAGGGAACCUGCACAGUCCUCAAGGCUCUUCUUGGAGACCCCUGCCCUCUGCUGGACUCACCCCUUGCACCAUGCAGAAGUGCCCUCCAUUCGGUGUCCCAGACGAUUGCAGCUCAUAGCAAAUUCUGGAAGGCUCUAAGAAGGAUCAGUGUUGACGUGCCUCAGGAAAAUGGAGAAGUCAGUGUAACUUUGCAACCACUCAGCACCCCAUCUGUAAAUGAGAUCCUGUCUAAGUCAGCAGCUGAACUGAUGAAACCCCUGCCACCUUCACGCACAGGGAUAGUCUAUGAUGAGAAGAUGAUGGAGCAUUACAAUAUGUGGGACAGUCAACACCCAGAGUUGCCUCAGAGAGUCUCCCGGAUCUUCCAGCGCCAUGGGGAGCUACGUCUCACAGAGCGGUGCUGUCGGCUCUCAGCUCGGCUUGCCUCUGAAGAGGAGCUGCGGAUGUGCCAUAGCCUGGCCUAUGUGGAGACAGUGAAGUCAACAGCCACCAUGAAGCCCCGCGACCUGCAUCGCCAGGGUGACAAGUACAAUUCCAUCUUCAUCUGCACCAGCUCCUAUGAAUGUGCCCGGCUGGCGGCUGGUUCCGCCUUCAGCGCCGUUGAAGCUGUGCUCUCUGGGGAGGUUCAAAAUGCUGUGGCCAUUGUCCGACCCCCCGGACACCAUGCUGAAUCGGACACCGCCUGUGGCUUCUGCUUCUUCAACUCUGUGGCCUUGUCUGCUCGAUAUGCACAGCGCCUGACUGGGAGGCCUAUGAGGGUGAUGAUACUGGACUGGGAUGUUCACCAUGGCAAUGGGACCCAGCAUAUGUUUGAAAAUGAUCCCAGUGUCUUGUACAUCUCCAUCCAUCGAUAUGACAAUGGGACUUUCUUCCCCACCUCUGAGGAUGCGGACUAUGACCAGGUGGGCUUGGGGCCUGGCAAGGGCUUCACCCUUAAUGUGCCUUGGAACUGUCCCCGGAUGGGAGACCCCGAAUACCUGGCUGCCUUCCAUCAGAUUGUCAUGCCUGUUGCCUAUGAGUUCAAUCCAGAGCUGGUCCUGGUUUCUGCUGGUUUCGAUGCUGCUCGCGGGGACCCUCUGGGUGGAUGCCUUGUGACCCCCGAAUGUUAUGCACACAUGACCCAUCUUCUCUUGGGCCUGGCAGGAGGCAAAGUGGUAGUUGUCCUGGAGGGCGGCUACAACCUAGAGUCCAUAUCGGAGUCCAUGACCAUGUGCACUCGCAGCCUCCUAGGGGAUCCUCCCCCUGCCUUGGGACGCCUCAAGGCUCCUCACCCCAGCGCUCUGCAGUCUUUGGCCUGUGUAGCAUCUGUGCACCGCAAGUACUGGGCCAGCCUCCGACUAGAAGUGCCUGCUCUUUUGUGGGAGAAGCCUAGGACUCGGUCUGGGAAGGGAUUUCCCAUUCCAAAUGACUUCCUUAUAAAAGCUUCCCAGGAACUCCUUCAGAGCCCCACAGCUCAACUCGUGAAUCCUGCUGACGAAGUGGUCGUGGCUUUGGGCUCCCUCCAAAUAGAGGACAGCCUUGCGGAGGAAGGAGACAUGGCUUCCAGCUCUCUCUCACCUGAUUCCAAUUCAGUAAGUGAAGAGGCUCAGCCAAAAGUUGCGAGCUCCUUGGAAGAGACUGAGCCGACCGAUGAGAGCCAGAGAGAAGGCAUGUCAACGGGGAGCUCCUCUGUCGAAGUGGAGUCUUCGGACAAAGAGGCAGAAGUGAGCCCACCAGACCACCCCACAGUAAAAGUUGAGAUAGAGCUACUGGAUGAAGCCACAGGUGGAUGUUCUUCCUUCUGUGAGACACUUGGAGAUGAUCCAGUGGAUGGAGUGAGUUUGGGACAGCCCACCUCCCUUUAGUGUGGGCAGAAGGAGAGGGGAAGGUCUUUUUCCUAAGGCUAAGGGAACUGAAUUUCCUGGACUUUGCAAAGGUUAAUAUGCCAGCAUACAGGUAUUAUUAUAUGGUUACUUUCUAGGGGCUGUUCUAUGCUGUCACACCCUUAUCAUGGUGUCCGCACCUUGACUCGGUGUUACCUGUUCCUCCCACUGGCUUGAAUGUGCUGGAGCCUUGUUCAGAAUGCGGCAGCAAGGUGGAGAAUUGGAUCUGCUUGGUUUGCUACAAGGUUUGCUGUGGUCGCUAUAUUAAUCAGCACAUGGUCGCUCACAAUUCAGAAUCGGGGCAUCCGCUGGUGCUCAGCUUUGCAGAUCUCUCUGCCUGGUGCUAUGAGUGCCAAGCCUACGUCCACCACCCGACUCUCUUUGAAGCCAAGAGCUUGGCUCACACAAUGAAGUUCGGGGUGGACAUGGCUGUACCUUCCUAAUGUGACUCCGUUUGGAAAGAGGAGCCAAUGAAUAAUGGAUACAGCACAAUCUACGAUCAUUUGACCUCAGUGGAAUUGAACAUAGUGUUUAAAAGGGCUUUCGAUGUGCCAAAUAUCAGUGAUCAUCAAUGCAAUACUACCAGCAGCCAUGAAUCAAACACCAGCAACCUCAUUGCUUCCAGUUGGACAAAGUGCACGCCAUGACAGGGCACAAGUAAACCCAGAGAGCACUUGCGGGGAGACUUUGGAAUUGGGGAGGAGGAGGGCACUUUUGCUUCCAAUCAGACCCAGCUUGCCCUUCUCAGUGCUAAGAAAGUACUGUGCCACCUUUUUCUUAAGAGGGAUGUGGUGAAUGUUUUUCUCUCCAUUUCAUGUGUCUAAUCAUAAAGCACAUGAUUUUUGUCCCCACUCCCAAACUGCUGUACAUUUCUUUUGAGUCAUUAUAUGCUCAGAUGGAGAAAACUGCUGCUGAAUUUGCGUGGAGAGGAAGGGGGAUACAUUUGUUCCUUAACAACCCCCAGUCUCCAGCAGUCAUAAAAAAAUGUCCUGUAAUUAGUUAAGCAUGUUUUGUGCAAGUGGGUUCCUUUGGGUGAGAUCCAGAAGGCAUGAAACGGAAAUUUCUGGUUGGAUCCCAAGCUCUUUUGAAAGGGGAUGGGGAAAUUUCCUAAUUUAUAUGCCUAUGUAGGGAAUGGCAGUCUUUAGCUUUUUGUUCCAGUCCCUCUGUUGUAUUUCUUCCUGCAUGUGGCGGCACAGUGUUCUUUGAUGUUAGAGAGAUAGGGGUUUCCUCACAUUGUAUAGAUAGGACAUGAUCUGUAAGCCCUGACCUUGAGAAGAAGUCAAAUCAUGAAUCUAAGGCCAUAUGUUCACAUUUCUCUCUCUCAUUGUGUAUUGGUGUGGGAAUUAUAUUGCCCUCCAGAUACUUUGUAUUACAAAUCCAUAAUCCCUUGGCCACAUUGUUUGGGGUUUCUCGGAGCUGAAUUCCAAAACAGUUGCAGCAGUGGUUCCUUAAACUUUGAUUUUCCAGCUGUUUUGGACUUCAGCUCCCAGAAGCCCAUGGCAGCAGGGACAAUGGUCAAAGAGCCUGCAGACUGUGGUCUAAAAGUGUCUGCAGGGCCAAAGUUUGAGGUUCCCCUCACUUUUUCUGUAUAUGGACUCAAAACUUAGUAUAUGUAUCUGGGGACAACCGAAGCCCCUUCUACACUGCCAUAUAAAAUCCAGAUUUAUCUGCUUUGAACUGGAUUAUAUGGCAGUGUAGAAGGGGCCUAAGUAAAGUAAAGCUGCUCCUGUGUGAGACAAGGUGAAAGCCCUAUCUGUAGUUGAUGGCACUAUAUUGAUAAGGAAAUUUAGCUGGAAACUGUUCUUGGCCCAUAUAGCCCCCCCCCCCCACUCCAUCAUUUGGGCUUCAUGCAUUUUGACAGGAUAUGGGGAGGCCAUGGUGCAAAAAAGGAAAAUGCAAGACUUAGUCCUUGAUGCUUAUGGUUGUAGGGAAUUUCUCCCACUGUUUCAAGUCUGAUUCUUCUGCAGGGCCAUGUUGAUUUGGAGAAAAGGAAGUAUUGGCAUCUGGCCACUGUGUGUUGCCCUGGGUUCUUGCAUUGCUUCCCAAAAUCUUGUGUUUAGGGUGUGAAAGCCUUGCAGUUCCUAUGUGACAGAAUCUUGACUCAAAAUAGAGUUUCGAGACCAACACAAAUUUUCUUCUCCACCUUUCUUGGGACCAAUCAAACAACUCAAUACUAAAUGAAAUGAUUUUAGGAUUGUGUGUCUAUGGGAGGAGCAGAGAAGGAUCAGCUGGAGAGAUGAUGGGAUGGGGUGCUAUGGAGGAAUGGGGUGGAUUGGUGCCCAUGGAGCAUUGCUUGUCCUAGGUCAGCCCUGGUGAGUUUUGAGGUGUGUAGGUUUAAACUUGUGCCGUGACAUAGCUAUGGGGUCAGGCAUUUGUCCCAUUAUAGCCUGCCCUAAUUCCUUUGCAUUUGUUUCUUUGAUUAAUUUUGUAAUCUUUUUAAUUAUUCAAUUAAAGCAUUUCUGUGUAUGGA